AUGUUAAACCAACCGAACUACAGGUGUGCCACUAGACAGAGCUUCUCUGCCAGAAAAAGGUUGGUCAGUUCUCUUAAUUCUACAAAUCAGGUAUCUCCUUCCAGCGAGAUCAGCCUGGAGAUUGUGGAACUCAAACAGACCAUCACGCUUCUCAAUGGGGUUGGCCUGAUCAUUGGAAGCAUCAUCGGAUCAGGAAUCUUCAUCGCACCCACAGGGGUGGUGAAGCAGGCCGGCUCUGCUGGGGCCUCCCUGAUAAUCUGGGCGGUGUGCAGGCUAUACUCCACGAUGGGGGCCCUGUGCUACGCAGAGCUGGGCACCACUGUCACCAAGUCAGGGGGGGGGGACUAUGCCUACAUUCUGGAGGUGUACGGGGACCUGGCUGCUUUCUUCAAGCUCUGGGUGGAGAUGCUCAUUAUCCGCCCCUCGUCGCAGUACGUCAUCUCCCUGGUCUUUGCCACAUACAUCCUGAAGCCUUUCUUUCCUGUGUGCAAUGUACCCGAUAGUGCAGCCAAACUCAUCGCCUGUCUCUGUCUGAGUAAGUCGUUAUCUGUAGGGAUCUGUACCUGCUGCGAGUUAAAGUUGCUUACACUUGUGAACAGCAUCAGCGUGAAAGCUGCAACAAAAGUCCAGGAUGUGUUUACUGCAGCGAAGCUCCUCGCUCUAGCCAUCGUGAUUGGCUUUGGCUUCGUGCAGAUCUCCCGAGGUAAACCAUUGUUUCACCAUGGAACAGACUGA